UUGUCUAUAAAUAGAGGCCGCGCGGCCCACGUGCUCCUUUUCCUCCGCCGCCGCCAUCAUGGAGGGUCCACGGACUCAGACAGUCAAACUGGCCCGGGUUACUAAAGUUCUUGGAAGGACAGGAUCCCAGGGGCAAUGUACUCAGGUCCGUGUGGAAUUUAUGGAUGACAGCAACCGAUCCAUCAUUCGAAAUGUGAAAGGACCGGUCCGUGAGGGAGAUGUGCUCACACUCUUGGAAUCUGAGCGUGAAGCAAGAAGAUUACGAUAGCGGAUAGUCAAAACUGAUGCCAGCUGAAGCCGCUUUUGCAGUACUUCGUUAUGGACAAUUUUUUUUGGACAAAAUGGGACAAUAAAAAUUAUAAGUAAUCUUUAA